AUGUCCAAACGAUAUGCCAAGUUUGAUCUUGAUGCUCUAUGCUCGCUAGUCUCGUCUUUGCCCUCUGUCUCUUCACCUAUAUCCAAGAUUGAGAAGACGGAGGGUGGCUUCAACAAAGCUUUGUUGCUGACUGCAGAAAAUGGGAAAGAAGUCAUCGCCAAGAUACCAUGUCCUGCUGUUGUGCCGUCGAAGUAUAGCACUGCGUCCGAAGUUGCCACAUUGGAAUAUGUGAAGUCUCUUACUUCUAUUCCGGUGUCCAAAGUCCUUGCCUGGAGCUGUGAUGCUCUAAACCCUGUCGGGAGCGAAUACAUUGUAAUGGAGAAAGCCAAGGGACGGCAGCUAGUCGAAGUAUGGGGCGAGAUGGAUCAGCUGCAAAAGUUCAAACUUAUCCAAAACCUCGUCCGGCUGGAAAGCCAGCUGGCCUCAGUGAAGUUCCCUGGUUACGGAAACUUGUACCUACGUCAUUCGGUUCAACACAUAAGUCGAGUGAUACCUAUAGAUGAUGUCUAUUGCAUUGGUCCUGUCUACAAUGCGACUUGGUUUCCGCAGUUCGACAACAAGAAUGACGCCGGUCCAUACUGGCAAUUCAUGUCAAUCAUGCCAGCGUUUAUGCAAGUCCAGUGGCCCUCUUUCCUUUGCCCUCCCGACAACUACGAAAUUGGGAUGGUCAAACCAGAGCUACCGCCCAACUUCGAUGAAAUGGACUCAGAUGAGAAAGCUUUUGCGAUAACGGAGAGAGAUCAAGCUUUGCUGACAAAAUGUUACGAAGCGGCACUCGCCAAAAACCACCUUCAAUCAUACUUGGCCUUUACUCGAGUCGAUCCUGCUAUCCGGCAUUUGUUUACUUUCUGUGAAACUACAUCUAGGAAUGGGAUCAUACCUCUUCGCGAUUCUCUGGUGAGCAUUUCGGAAAGAUGGGGUCGAAGGGGCCUUUCUCACGACUGUCCUUACCAAGUCUCGAAUGACGAAUUAUCAAAGCACAGAUUUGAGCUUGCUAGGUAUGAGGAUUGGCAUAAACUAAAGUCAUACACUCAAGAGUUAUUGCAGUCAGAUGAUGAUGGCUGGGUGCCCCCUCAACUUGACUUUGACAAGGUUAAAGCAAGGCACGCUGAACUUUUCCAGCUUUACAUCCAGAAAGAAACCGAAGAACGACCGGAAGAGGAGGCAAAGAAGCUUUGGUUUUAUGUCGAUAGAGAAUAUGGUUGA